GGAGGUCCGGUGUUUUGUGACGUUUCUCUUGGGUAAGUCGCUUGUGAAUCCCGUGCGGUUCGUGUCUGUGCCGCGGCUCGAGCUAGCCGCCGCAGUGCUGGCCGUGAGGGUGAGACGGGUGCUUGAGAGAGAGCUAGACACCCAAUUCGACUCUUUCCACAUGUGGACUGACAGUAUGGUAGUACUGGCCUACGUCAGGAACCGGACAACGAGAUUUAAGACUUUUGUGGCAAACCGGUUGGCGUACAUCCAUGACGGCUCCAAAGUGAGUGACUGGGCGUAUGUGCCUUCGACAGUGAACCCGGCUGAUGUUGGAUCUCGUGGCUGUCAGCCGGCGGGACUGAAGCCGUGGCUGGGAGGGCCAGAGUUUCUUCUCGGGAGCGCCGGCGGAUGGCCGGAGGAACCGGCAGUAUCUGUGUCGGUUCCCGUUUCCGAGGUAAAGUCUUCGCCUGUAGCCCUGGUGUCGCUUGCCGCCGGUCCCGAGAGCCCUUUCGAUCUACUGAUCAGGAGUUUCUCGUCCUUUUUUCGACUCAAGCGAGCGGUGGCGUGGUAUCAUCGCUUCCUCUGUGUCCUGCGUGACGGCUCUUUCCGCAGAUGGUGUCUGGCGAGAAGGAGAGGCCUGAGGCGGCGCGGACACGGUGAAAGGACUGACCUGACCGUGUCAGAUCUGUGCCGGGCAGAGCGUGUUGUUUUGCGGCACGCCCAGAGGGACCUGGCUGAUUUUCCGAGAGAGGGGUGUGACGAUGGCCCAGUCGGAGUGCCUAUGAGCAGUCCUCUGACGAAGCUGCGUCCGCAGAUGCUGAACGGCCUGCUGGUCGUGGGAGGCCGACUCGGUCGGUCGGAGAGUGUUUCCGAGAGCGCGAAGCACCCAGUGAUUCUGCCCCGUAAGAAUCACGUGACCCAGCUGUUGAUCCGAGAGGCUCAUGAGAGGGUGGGCCGUGAGGGCCGCGAUCAUACUUUUUGGGAGGUCCGGAAACGUUUCUGGGUGAUAGGCGCUGGUCCUGAGAUUCGGGGACUCAUUCGCAGAUGUGUAACGUGCAGGAAGGUGAACGCGCGGCCUCAGAAGCAGCUCAUGGCAGACUUGCCAAAGGAGCGCGUGUCAGCCGAUACACCGGCAUUCUCGUCAGUGCUGCUUGAUGUGUUUGGGCCGAUCUUGGUUAAGACCGGGCGGACCGAGCGGAAACGCUACGGUCUGAUGUGUGUCUGUGUCGUGACACGAGGCGUCCAUGUUGAGAUUCUGGAUUCGUUGCGCACAGACUCGCUGAUAAACGCCAUUCGUAGGAUCAGCGCUCGCCGGGGUCAGAUCGUUCAGAUCAGGAGUGAUAUGGGGACGAAUCUGACCGGGGCCGACAGAGAGCUCCGCGAGGCGCUGAGCGAACUCAGUCACGGUGAUUUGCAGCGUGCCGCGCUGAAACAGGGCAUUGACUGGCAAUUCAAUCCCCCCACAGCUUCUCACUUCGCAGGUGGCGUUGAGAGGCAGAUCAGAACAUUCAGGAAGGUAUGGCGGUCCAUGCCUACUCAGCAGCGUCUGGAUGACGAAUCGAUUCGCACGCUGUUUUGCGAGAUCGAGUCUGUUAUGAACAGCCGGCCACUGACUUACGUAUCGACUAGCUCCGGUCAGCUGGAGCCUCUGACCCCGGGGCAUCUCCUAUUUCUGAGGAGCAGUGCCGGACCGAUACCCGGAGAGUUUUCAGAGUCCGAUUCGCUAUCGAGACGUCGAUGGCGACACGUGCAGUAUUUAGCCCAGCAGUUUUGGUAUCGCUGGAGACGUGAAUACCUGCUUUCUCUCCAGGCGCGCCAGAAAUGGACGCGGGAGUCGAGAAAUGUGCAGCCGGGAGAUGUGGUUCUCCUAGCUGACCAGAACGUGCCGCGGGGACUGUGGCGGCUAGGAAGGGUAGUUAAGGCUUUCCCCAGUCAGGACGGACUCGUGAGAAAGGCUCUAGUUCGGACAGGUGAGUCCACGUACCUGAGACCGAUCCACAAGAUGGUAUUGGUCAGUUCUGAAUCUGACCUGGAUUAGUACUGUGCGGGGUCAGAUGUGUGCGAGAGUCUGAGAGCCUCUAGUUUAAGAUUUAGUGUAAGGUGUCAACGUAAAUAGAUUCUUUAUGAGCUAGAACCUGUUUGCGACAGACUAGUCUGUUUGUUUUUGCCAGCAGGUUUGUUUGUUUUUUGUUUUUUGCCAGCGGGUAGGUUUUGAGGUGCCAGACUGUUACGUGUGAUUAGAUUUAAGUGUCCAUGUAAACUCGGCUAGCUGCCCUGGCAGUCGAGGGUUGGUUCUCACCAGCAGGUAGACGGUGAGUGGGUUCACCCGGGCGCCUUUGUGUUGAUUCGAAUGACAAGAUAUGGCCAUUCGAAUGGGGGAGUGUAGACGGCGCCCGUGUCGGGUUAUAGCGGCGUAGGUGUCGCUGCUAUCGGGUCCUGAGUGAGGUGCGGGUGGCGGGGGUACCGCAACCCAGUUAUCCGUUUGACUUGUUAACUUUUUUUCCUAUCCUUUUUCAAACCUUGCCACCAGUGAUAAGUUAGGUGCACUAUUAUACUCGCGGUAUUGAGUGACGGAGAUUCGAUUGUCCGAUCAGAGUGGUUUGUUACUGUAAAACUUGCAUCUCUUAUCGUCAAGGAGCGCGUUUCGGUAAUAUUUGGUUCGGAGGCGGUAUUUCAUGUGUGAUUAUAUUUCUUAUAUAAAAAUAUGGCUUGAUUAUGGUUAAAGUUUAGUUGACACGUCGAUGUAAGAGAUGCGACGCGAGUUGUUGAGUGACACGCUGGCAGGUCACGUGACCUGGCCGAGCUGUGGCGCAGUUUCCGAGCUGCGUGUGCGCUCUUUUCCCGCCCGACCUUCAUGAGGGGUGGAUGCGUGUGUCCCAGCGCGACGCUGAUGGGUAAGUUUGACUAUAUAGGAUUUGGGAGCACUUCAAUGUUGAAUGUAAUUUAUUUCAGUGUAAACCAGUAAAUUCGUAUAUGCUUUAAUUAGCUUUCUAUGCUUAUUUCUUUGAUAUCGUAUAUAUUCUUGUACCUCAAGUGCGCCAUUUAAAAUGUUUCAAUCUUCGUAGGUGUUCGGCUCGCUCCGGUUGGCCCGGGGACGUGUAGGCCAGUCGAUAGCUGUGCGCUUUCCCCCGUGGCUGGAGCCGAGAGCGGUCUCGUGGCCGGGGCGUUUGAGUGGCCGGCCCCUGACGGCCCAGAGUGCGGCGGUGCCGCUGUUGACGAGUGGCACGCACAGCGGAGACGAGGAACAGCCGUAACAAGGGCAAUAAAGGUCCUUCGUCAA